UCUACACUUGUACUAGAUCACUACCUCCACUCCAAAAAUCUUCCAAUCCCCUCCUCCUCCAAAAUCUCAAAAACCCUAAUUCUUUGUAAAUAUCACCACCACCGCAAAUAAAUAAAUAAAUAAAAAUCUCUCUUCGCUUCAUGCUUUUGGGUUGACUCAGGGAUUUUAACAAACAUGCUGCAGCUGCUACACUUCAUGUUGUGCUUCCUCCUCUCAUGGAUCACGUGCUCAAGUUCGAAGCCAACGUCGAUGUACGACGUUCUGUGUGCCCACGGGCUUCCGAUGGGGCUGCUGCCGAAAGGGGUUGUCGACUUCGAAAUCGACGACGCCGGCAGGUUUACGGUCCACCUGGAUCAGGCCUGCAAUGCCAAGUUCGAGAGCGAGUUGCAUUACGACAGAAACGUUUCGGGGACGUUGAGUUUCGGGCAGAUCAGAUCCUUGUCGGGUAUUUCGGCCCAGGAGCUGUUCCUCUGGUUCCCGGUUAAGGGUAUCCGGGUCGACGUCCCCAGCUCCGGCAUCAUCUACUUCGAUGUCGGGGUUGUUUAUAAGCAGUUCUCGCUGUCGCUUUUUGAAACGCCCCCGGAAUGCACGGCUGCCUCUGGCGGCGUUGAAGCCGUUGGGGCGGUGUACAAGAGUGAAUCGGGGAGAUUGCGGUCUAAGCUCCUUUUCGAUCAUGUUGGGAGGGAUUUUGUGUAGAAUUUUGGAGGGAGAAGUGGAUUGGAAUUGUGGGUUUUGCAGAGUCUGGAUUAGUGUGGGUUGGGUUGAGUUUUCUUAAUUUUCACUGGCCUGUGAAUUCGAUUCGAAACCGAAGAUUGGAGGAGGCAGAGGGCAAUACAGUCCGUUUGGUGUCUCAGCUGGAAAAAGAUUGAGUGAGGCAGAAGAAACAAUUUAGUCCGAAGAAGCCCAAAUCAGGUGAUGCAUCUGCAAACAGGUUUUGUAUUUGUAUUUUUAAGCUCAUAAUUGGUAUCGUGAAAAUGGUAUAAAAGCUUGCAAUAAAAAUCCUUACUUUCUGUAGCAAA